GGGCGUUGUUUCCGCGGUGAACGCUGGGAUACUGGUGGUGUCGCUUGGAGGAGAUUGUAGAUGUGGUUCGAUUGUCGGUUCGGGGAAGGCCGCUGAGAGCCGAGCCCCAGCCCCGGGGAGAUGCUGUGAGGGUCUGAAAACUGGUGCCUGUGAAGGUCGGUGAGGGGUGUUCUGUGAGUGAAUCUGUGCACAAUGAUUUCUGUGCACACGUCCGAAAACUCAGUUGCACCCAGAGAAGUUAAACAGCGGAUAAAGAGGAAACUGGCAAAUUCCCUGAAAUGCUUACAAAAGCGUUACGUAAACUCAGACAAUGUGGUAACCAGUGAUGACAGUGAUGCCAAUGUGCUGUGCUGUGUAUUGGAGUCGGUAUUUGUGCACGGCUUGAAAUCAAAGCAUGUCAAAACCGAUGGAGGAAAACGGGGACGAAAUAGAGCACCUCUCCCACAGCCUGUCUUUUGGACCCUGCUCAAAACUGUCACUCACCGAAAUGUUGUAACCGAGCUGGAGCAUUUGAACUUUAUUAACACUGAUGUUGGACGGUGUCGUGCAUGGGUCAGGCUUGCACUGAAUGAUGGCCUGAUGGAGUGUUAUCUAGUAUCUUUGUUCCGUGAAAAGGACAACCUGUGUGACUUCUAUCACCCUGUGGCCUUACUGCUCGAUUCAGAGGACAGUGGAGUUUUACUGAGCUAUCUGCAAGGUCUAGCAUCUCUUUCAUUUGCACUCUCUUAUAAAUCAGCUGUACUAAAUGAAUGGACCACGACUCCCCUGGCCUUGGCAGGCUUAUGUCCAACAUCAGAGCUGCCAGAACAUUCAUUGUCUCAUUUUUCUGAAGGCAGAAGGAAAGGAUCCUGGGACUCAGCCUCUCAGUCCUCUGGGUCUGAUAUCAUUGAAGUAAUUCACUCCAGUUCCACGACUGCACAGAGCAGUCAGCCCUCAGGAAAAUUAAAACUUACAUCCUCUACUCUAAGUUUGGAAACCACUGGAUCAUCCCAACUCUCAUCCAGUUUGAGCUCUGACAGUCUACUUCAGUUAAGUGGGAUGAAAAGCCCUGAUCAAGCUACUGAAGAGUUGUGGUCAUGUGAUACAGACAAGGGUAUUGCAAGUACGGAGAGUUCCAGCAAAUCUCUACAAGAGACACCGGAUGAGCUCAAUGGAGGAGACCAAACACCAGUUUCCAUGAAGCACAAUUUUUAUAUUUCUGUGCCACAGCUGGAGUUGUCCUCAAAGCCUCCAGAAGAGGAUUCUCUAAUUAAUGCUCAGCCAGUUGAUCAGGUGAUAGACUUGCAUGCAUGCAAUGGGGAAACAAAUGCAAGGACUACAGAAAGCCAUCCACAAGUUGAAUCCUCACCACCACUCUGUACUCUUGCUUCAACCUUGUAUCGUCCAGUACCAUCCGAUGAAGAUGACACCAAGACCACUCCUCCUCUUGCUGAUGAGUUGCUAAACCCUGUUCAUGAUGAAAGAUUGUCCAAUGACAGCUCUGUAAGAACUUUGCAAUCUGUAGCCUGCCAAGAACAGGAAGCAAAGACUAGCCAAAAUUACACUGAAGCAGCAGAACAGGUUUCUCUUGUGGGAGGAAGUACUCAUGGAACAGAUAAAGUGGAUAAAUUGAGUGUGCCCAGCAAUCACUUGACUGAACCAGGAGAUAAUCAUAAAAGAAGAAGCUGGAUAUCAGAUGAUGACAUCUGCAAGCCAUCUCCUAGGGAAGAGCUUCCGAAAAGCACAAGGGAAAGUUCAGCUGAAUGUUCAGUGAGCACAAGAACAAUGAAUGAAAAUAGCACUCGGCUGACCAAGCAUGCACAGUCGGCAUCCAAUUUGUCUCGGUGUAAACGUGGCCAGGGGAACUCAUCUUUUAGAGUGACUCAUCGCCGAAAGGCAGGUAUUUCAAACCCAUUCCGGGGACUUCUGAAAUUGGGCAAUUUAGAGAGGCGAGGCCACGUUGGCAUUUGGAAGGAAUAUUACUGCGAGUUGUCACCGUUUGAGUUCCGACUAUACCAGAAUGAUGAUGACCGCAAUUGUUAUGACAACUGCUCUUUAUUAAGAUGUGAGUCAGUGGGAUCAGCCCACAGCGAUGGAAGGUUUGAGCUAGUUCUUUCUGGCAAGAGGUUGUAUCUGCGUGCACCCUCCCGAGAUGAAGCGGAGGACUGGAUUGACCGGAUUCGAGAAGCUUUAGUGAAGUGCCGGCCUCAUCAAACUCCAAAGCAGGAAGCAAUGCAUGCAGAGAGUUCAGUAAGUGAUAAACCACAUCACGUGUCUGAGCCCUGUGCCCCGCAAUCUGAACAGGCAAACCACGAGAAAGAAAAUGGCUUCCAGCAAGAUUUUAAUUGGGUUUCUCGGGCAGAACCUCAAUUAGAUGCUGUUAAGGAAACUGUAUUAUACCUAUUAACUGAUAAAACCUGGACUCCCUAUAUCUUUUCUUUGUCAUUGAAAACACUGAAAAAUUUCCAGUUCCAGGGGCAGCAAAAAAUACUAUGCAACAGCUACAGAAUUGAGACAUUUAAAGAUGUUAUACCUGAUACUGCACUUGGUAGUCCAGCUUACUUUAAAUUAAUUACAUCCAACGUCACUCUGAGGCUUCGGGCAGAAAGUGCAACAGAGGCAAAAUCAUGGCGCGAGCUUAUUCGAGCAGUUUUAUCAUCUUUCUUGGAAGCAGAAGAAGAUGCUUUGGCAGCAAAUACGGGCAUUGAGAAAAAUGAGAGAAGACUUAGGGAGCUUGGCUUGGGGGAGCACAGCAAUCUGCUGCAAUGCCUAACUGUUGUACCUGUGGAGAAAGGGCUGGAUGCACAAGAGUUUCGAUGUGCAGGAUGCCAUCAGCAAAUUGGAUUUUCUUUUGGAAAACCCAAGCUUUGUGCCUAUUCCAGCCUCUACUUCUGUGAGAUGUGUCAUCAGGACACGUUAAUAAUUAUCCCUUCCAGAAUGAUCCAUAACUGGGACCUAACACAAAAGGGGGUUUCCAAUGUGGCUGCAAAAUUCCUACAGCAGAUCCAAAAUGAACCAUUCAUUGAUGUUAAUAUGGUAAAUGGAAGUCUGUACCAGUAUAUUGAGCAGAUGUCCCAGGCCCGCAGGAGCAGAGAUCGGCUGAAGCUGUUGGAAGACUAUCUUCUUACAUGUCGGAGCGGUGCAGUCCAGGAAUUCUAUAAAAAGUUAGAGCAGAAGAAAUAUCUCCUGGAGUCACCCGAUCUGUACAGUGUUUCUGAUCUUCGAGAGACAGCACAAGGAGUGUUUGAAGCAUUCCUGCAGCAUGCCAUCCACUUUGCCACCAAUCAUGUCUAUAUGUGUGACCUUUGCACUCAGCGUGGCUUCAUCUGCCAGCUCUGUAAUAGUAAUGACAUAAUCUUUCCUUUUGAGUUUGAAUCGACUUCAAGGUGCAAAGAGUGCAGAACUGUCUUCCAUAAGGUUUGCAAGGCUGGGCUCCUUUCAUGUCCUCGCUGUGUACGCAAACAAAGGUACCUGGAGUGCAAGAUGGUACGUUAACUAUUGAGCUGCAUUGAAGAUGUGUGGGAGAAAGGAGAUCAUCUUUAUACUAUAGAGAGGUUUGCAUUUCUGCAGCUUUCAAGGACAACACAACCCCUGAUCAGAAAUGGUGCGUUAUGAACUUGUCCACAGCCACUCCUGAAGGCAGAAACUCCUCACCCACUUCCUUUCAAGAGAACUAUCUGUCACCUACAUACCUCAUACUUAGGUGUGCAGCUUUUUUUCCUCUGUGAUGAAGAUCAUGUAGAUUCAGAAUUUUAGAUGCUGGCACACUGCUAAAAUGGGAUCUGUUACUAAGGAAGCUGCCUGCAGAUGGAGUUCAACCUCACCUACUUAAUACAUUUUACUAGAAAAUGUUUGACUUGUACAGUUCCAUCUGUUUUUGUAAUACUUCAGUCAUUUUUCAAUCCAUAUGUAUAGAUUUGUUAAAGCAUGUAAACUAUAUCACCAGCUUGAGAAUAUUGAAUGUACAUUGCAUGUAAAGUAUGUGUACAUAUGGUAUUCACAGAUGAAAAUAACUAUAAAAAUUUGUUAGACCUUGCUGCUUUGAAUUGCACAUUGCAAACUAAUCCUUGUAAAGACACAUGAAAUAUUUAAACAUUCACCAAUAUGGCAGGAUGUCAACUGUAUAUUAACACUCAUGCCAAAACGGUGUGUGCACUUUUCUUGAUAUGCCUGACGCUAAUCAGAGAUUUCAUAUCUUUUUUUAAUGUUUUUUUUUGUUUUAAGAGUAACAGUAAUGCAGAAAAUAGAUCAGUUUCUAAAUCAGUUGACUUGACAAUAUUCAUUUGAGUUACUGAUCAUUAUGACCCUAAUGCACUUAUAUCAUCAGGCAGUUCAAUCAUUUUAACACCAUCUUCUAAAACAUUCUGCGUGAAUCAGUACGAAUUUAAUAUUUUCUAUCUAAACUUUCUAAGACAUUGUUUAUUUCCAACGGGAGUUUGUAUUUUCCUAUGUAACUUGGCCCAAAAUAGUUGCAAAGGUGCUAAACUUGCAGGAAAUUUUGUAAAAUCCUCAAUAAUACCAAGAGAAUUCAAAAUGAAAGUAAAUGCACCCUGUUGUGAUGCACAUUUGUGAACUAUUUUGGUUUUCUGUGCAGCUUGGUGCGAAUCAUUCCUGCUCUGUAUUCAAAUCUGUCAACCCUACAGAAGUGUUUAUAAUUCUGGCAGACAAAUCUGAACUCUGUGUAAAUAAAAAAGAAAAAAAAAUCCAGAAGCAGCAAAGAUUUGCAGAACUGCAGUGUUUAAUUGCAUAGAGAUUCAAAACUACACAAUUUUGGAUGCAUCAGAGCCAUCCUGUAUUUUAUUAUGGCUCAUGUUACAAGUUUUGUAAAGUAUCACUUGCUCCUUGUGGUCUUCCAACUGUAGCAGGACAAAACAGCCAUAUAAUCUUAAAUUUUGUACUUUUGUUUUUGUAUUAUUAGGUUUUUGGCAUUACAGGCUUUAUGCUUUUAUUGCAAUCGAAGAUCAUGAAUAGAUUUACUAAACACUCACUCUAUAGACAAUUCUAUUUUCUUAAGAACAGAAUGUUGUCAUUAAAGGUUUGAUUUUUAAACGUG